AUGAAACGAUACAAGAGAAUGAAAUCAGUUGUAGAAUUUUGUUUGGAAAAUGAAAAGACACAACAUAAAAAUGUCAUACAAAUAAGAUGUAUAGAUGGUGUGAGUUUUUUUAAUUUGUAUUCAUAUAAUUUAUUGACAUAA